CAAUCAGAUGGAGAUUAGUCCGGAUAACGAGGUCGUCAUCAAGGAUCUACGCAUCCUCCCCUACAAGAUGGUCAACGUCAGGGAGGAGCGAAUAAGCCUGAAGGCGCUACAGAAGUUUCAGGCAACAAUAUCCAAGCUGGCGAGCAAGUUUAUCACCAAUGAUGACGACCUGCCAGGUAUAGACUUAGAGUCUGACAGACAGGCAGGGGAAGUAGCAGACACUGCUGACGCCACAAUGGAUCAAACCGAUGCAAGAGCAUCGCCGAAACGUAAAAGGGUGCGAGGCCUCUACUCGGCCAAUAUAACGCUGGGUGUGACAGGCAUGGACUUGGAGCUGGAUAUCAACAGGGAGGACUCCUUGGAGGACGUGGACGCGUCGUGUCUGAUGAGCGCCGAGCCAGCCCGAGCUCCACCUCCACCACCCCGGUACGGAACAGUUGCAGCAAGAAGACCGCCGCCACGACCGAGCUAGCCGCGGACGAGGAUGUGUUUGCAAUGCCAGAAGUCUCGGCAACCAAGAAAUCCGGCAAAGAAAUUACAAGCGCAGACUCAGAGGUUGCAGAAUCUGAGGCGGUUACAAGGGAAGAAAUUAACAAAGAGGCAGAGAAGGGACUUUCAGAGAAUGAAUCCCCGAAGAGAGGCCGUUUCCCAGAGAAAGCCGGAAGAACAUCACCGCAGAAAUCCCCUGCGGGUAGAGGAAAGAAGAAUGUGUCACCGAGAAAAGAUUCAGAAAAGAGAAAA